AAUAUUUUUAGGUUCUCAAUGUAGAUAUAUUUAAAUCUGCUAGUUAACUUGUUUAUUUAUAUUUAGGUUCUCCGGUAGAUUUAGUUCUGCCAUGGUUUCUUGGAGCGAGGGAUCGAGCUCUUUUUGGGAUGACGAUAGUGUGACUAGCCAGCUUCCUAGGACUAUCCCAUGCUACGAGUGGAGUGGCAUUGCUCAUGAAUUAUAUUCUCGCUGUAUGCAUCUAGAGCCUUGCCUCAGGCAAGUUGCAUUUCAAUCUACUAACACUGGACGACAUUUUCUUGCUUGUGCAAAGGAGAAGGCAGAACAAAAGUGUUGCUAUCUGGAAUGGAUAGACCCUGAGUUGUCAGUUGCUAUGCAGUUUUGCAUAGGUCAACUGUGGAGCAUGCAUGACAAAGAAAACGAGGACAGAAUCAGAGAUAAUCUGAAGCUGGGUGAAGAAAAAUUCAAAUUAGUUGGAGAAAGGAGGAGGAUGGAGGAAGAGCUUCGUUUUUUCAAACUUGAUUUUGCAAAAAUGGUCCCUGACAAGGAGGAGGCUAUUAGUCAGGUUAUCAGUGCUAGGUUGGCUAUCAGUGAUCUGAAAGAGGAGCUUGAGAAGAAGAAGUUGGCAGAUCAUUCUUCCACCAAUCUACAUCAGGUACUCAGGGCGAAGGCAGAGAAGGAGAGGGACCAACUUGUGCUAGAGAGAGACCAAAUGAAGGAAGAGAAGAAGAAGUUGGAGAACAUCAUUUCUGAUAUGAUGAAACAGAACCAUGGCUAUAAGGACAAGGUGAAGAAGUCGAAGGAGAACUGUGAUGAAUUUGAAGUAUGUAAUGGUUGAAUUUGUAUUGAACUAUCCAGUAGUUGAACUAUCCAGUACUAGAAUUUGUAUUGAAUUAUCCAUCAGAACUAUCCAGUAGUAGAACUAUUCAGUAGUUGAACUAUCCAGUACUAGAAUUUGUAUUGAAUUAUGCAGCAGAAUUAUCCCGUAGUAUCAGUAAUU